AUGAGCGACGGUCGACCCAAGGGACCCUUUGGCAUUGAUCCCCUACAUUUCUCCGUCUUUUUAUUUUCGCUGCUCGUUUGCUUUGUGCUCUAUCUCCUUCUGCCCAAAGCAUUUCGAAAACAGUACUUUGGAGCAUAUCCCAAGCGACAUGCUUGGUCGGCCAGAAUUCGCGCUCGGCGUGGGGGAAGAAGUGUAGCACAGAACUCCAUGGGAGGGGGGUCCUUGGCAACCGGAGGAGGAUCCUCGCUCAACACUGCGGCACCGGCUGGCAAUUCGGGCCCUCGACCAGGGAUGCAUAGUGGAGGAGUUGGAAACUAUGGUUCGGCGGCACGGCAGUUCGAUGAGGAACAAGUGGAUUAUUCAGGUCAGCAACAAAUAUUGGACAUGCAACAAAACGACGAAAUUGUUAUCAGUGCAGCCAUGCAGCAAUUGAGAGACCCGGGAGUGCUCAUUGUGGCACAUGGGAGCCGUGGAAAACCAAAGACUGUACGACUACAACUCACCGAAAGCGCCAUCACAUGGAGAACCGAAACCAGAAAGAAAGGAAGCAAAGACCCCAAACCCAAGAUUGGAAAGCUCCACCAAGUACCCCUUUCGCAUAUCAUGUAUGUUGACGUGGGAAAACAAACUACCGCUCUGCGAAGAGUCGAAAAUGCGGCGGUCAGUGAAAAUCUCUGCUUCUCACUACUUACCAAGGAAGGAUCUCUAGACUUGGAAGCCAAUUCACCUAGAGAACGGGAUGCCCUCGUGUCUUGUUUCAGCCUCGUUUUGGAUGAAGUACAUGCACAAAAUUGGAGAGACAUUUACAGAGGGCCCAGCAGUGACAUGCCAUCCUCCUUUGACGAAAUUGAUCAUCAUGAUCCCGACGGAGCUCGAAAUGCAUAG